UGCUUCCCUCAGGGCUCUCAGAGCAACCGCUGCCUGCUGAUGCCUUGAUUUCAAUUUCGAGGCUCCACUGUGAGAGUAAAUGUGUGUUGCUGAGACCCGGGUCUGUGGCUCUUUGAUAUGGCAGCCCUGGGUCUCUAAGACAGAUGCCAGGCCAUGGCUGUGAGGGGCUGUGGUCUCAGAGGGAGGUGGGCCAGGCUGUGAGAGUCAAGCCCUGUGGGGCUGGCCAGGGCCAUGGAGACCCCUGCCAUGGUGACUGAGGCCCGGGGGCCCGAGCAGGCCUCAGGAGACCCUGGUCAGCGGGGCCCAGACGGCCAGCAAGGCUCCCUUCUGCCCCUUCUGAGGGACACAUCCUGUGGGUGAGGCACACAGGCCUGGCCCUGCCUUGGAUACCGGAGCCCCGGGGAGAGUCUCCACCUCAGGGCCCCUGCAGGUCCUGUGACUUCCUGAGGGCAGGGCGGCUAUAGAAGCUUCUCUCAGGCGGAGUGGGGUGCAGUCUGUUCGAGGGCCCUGGUUGGCUCCUCCUGAAGCUUCCUCAAACUAUCGUCCCAAGUCUGGAUUUUACCCCGUCCCUCCCCAUGCUCGAGCCGAUGGUGGGGGGACACAGCCCAAGCUGGGCCUAGAGAUCCCCACCCAGCUCAGGGAGAAGGGGCCUGUCCUGGGACCUUGAGAGUAAGAGACACGCCCUCCCCGCCUGCCCCUCAGACCUCUGGCUCCCUGUCUUCCCUUCCUUCCAACUCCCCCCUACCCCCUCUGUUUCUGCUUCUAUUUCUGACUCAGUUUCUCUCUCAAAAACACCCAGCUGACCCUGCCCCAUCCCCCAGCAGGGCUCCACCCUCUCUGCCCCUCCCUGGCCAGCUCUUAAGUCAUUGGGGCUCAGCGGGCAGCGGGGCAGUGCUCAGCUGGAGCUUUGGCUGCAGAAUCUCAGGUCCCAGCGGGAGGACCCUAAGCUACCAUGGGCUUUACUAAGGGACUCUCAGGUAACCUGGCUUCUCUGAGGGACAUGAUGCACACCUGGGUGGAUGAUUUCUGUGAUAAGAUGGGAAAUGAACCAGAAGGAGCACAGAUGGAGACAGCCCUAGCAGAGAUGGAGGAGGAACUCAGCGAGGACAUCUGUGAAUUCGUAGAAGAUCACAUUCAAGAGAACCUUCCUGAGUCCAGUCCCUUGCUUCAGGAAGCAUGGCAAGGAGUACGCUGCAGAAUCCAGAGACCUUCAGUCUCUGCCCGUCUGGAGGUCCAGAAUCCGGAAGAGAGCAUCUGGGUCAGAGCCCUGCGGCGGUUCCAAGGAAUUCUGCAGAGUCUCCAGCAGCGGUGUUGGGAUGCGCUCACCUGGCUGCGGGAGAAGGCGGCGACCUUCCUGGAGGCCAUCUGCAGUGCGGUGAAGGCCGUCUGGGGAAUGCUGACGGAUUUCUGCUCCUCUGUGGGACAGCUCUUCAGAAACCUCAUCCAGGUCUAGGAGCCCCAGGUGGUUCUGUAGGAACUCCACCUCAUCUAGGAGGCCCUGCAGCAUCCCCUUCUGGGCAACCAUCUUCUGACGCGACCUUUACCCUCCUGCUCACCCUUGACCCAUCCUUUAACUGCCCUGACCUCGUGUCCUGCAGGGAUGAUACCACAGCAUCAGGCCAGGUUUCCCAUCUCCAGGUCUGACCUGUCUGUUAGGGACGGGGAUGCUCUGCUGACCCAGGGAUGUGGGAGAGGCUUGGAAGCCCGGAGGCCCCAAGGACCAAGAUGCCUUCUGUGGGUCGCAUGCCUCUGUGUCUCUGCCUGUCGCUCCAGACCCUGUCAGAUGUGGCGCUGAGCUGAUUCUCAGCGAGGGGGACCCCUGAGGGCCGGCUGUGGGUCUCGCAGGAGGAGACAGUGGUGGACCCUGACCCUGAUGUUAGCAUCUUAGUACCCUCAUCAUCCUAAGGGACCCAGCUUGCUGUCAGCUCAGGCCCCAGCAGGACAGGAGUCCUGGAGGAAGGCUCUCCUUGUCUCCUGGGCCUGCACCUUUCUGUCUGAGGAGGACAGCAGCCUGUCUGGGAGUUCCUUGUGGCACAGCCCCAUUCCGGCCACACCCUUCCCCCUUCACUUCCAGGGGGUCCCUCUGACAGGCCUGACUCUGGAAGGCCUACCUCUGGCCUGAGUUCCCUGCUGCAAGGAGCCACCCACUGCCAGGCCCUGAGCAGCCUUGGCUUCCUGGCCCUGUCCCUGCCUUACCUCCCAUCAGUAUGCACGUCUCUCAGACUUUCCCCUGCGUUCUCCGGUGACCCUGUGCUAAACCUGCACUUGACUAUUUCCUUUUUUCUUUUUUUUUUUUUUUCCUUUUUUAUAAUGACUUACAUCUGAUAUACUACUUCUCACGGUGGUGAGGUUACUCCGUUUAUAGAAGUAGUACGGUAUUCUUUGUUUAACACUAAAUUUCUUCCCUGUUUCAACGUCAAUAUGAGUUUGUUUUGUUGUUAUUCUUGUUGUUUUUAGAUUAAAUCUUUUCUCCAUUUCAAUCUAAGUUACAUGAAAUACAUUUUCUAAACAUUUUCUCUCCCAAAGAAAUGUUUGUUUUUGACCAAUGAUAUUUGAUUUGUGCAUGUACAAUAUAAACUCGGGAGGUAACAUAACAAAACCCAAUAAAAAUAUGGAGGAAAGAGUCCUCCAUGGUGCAGGAGGGAGUGAUGUUAAUGGAAUAGGUGCAGUUUCCAGGGAUUCUGGGCACAAGUUUCUCUCUUCCAAAGCAGAAUUCUGUAACAGUGAAAUAUUACUUAUGUGAAUAUUAGUCAUUUCACUUCUUUGACCUUUUAACUAGCACAUGCAAGUUAUAGACAGCAGUUUUCAGUGGGUUAUUUGCUGUAAAGAAGACAUUUUGUACUCCAUUUAGCAUAGGAUAGCCAUUUGAAACCGUUAGCUGGUAUUUCAUGGGAUCUGAGGAACUGUGGUCCUUUAUGUCUCAGCUCAGAAAGAAUUCAGGGAGAGGCAAAAGGAGCCUGGCAGCCUACAGUCCACGGGCUGGCACAGAGUCGGACACAACUGAGGACCUAAGGCUGUCACUGACCUGUCAGAUCCCGUCUCAUCCGCAGGACACUGCUCUGCAUCUCCUCGGCUGCGCAAUAGUCCUUGGCUGCUGGCCAAGCUCCUCUCUCCCCUGCCAGGUCUCUGCACAUGCUGCUCCUUUUGCCUGGGAUGCCCUCCUUUUUCUCCGGGGCAGCCCUGCCCCUCUGUUUCAAGACAGGUCCCCUCAAGGCCCCACCACAUUCCCUGGCACAUGAGUGGGCUCAGGAAAUAAUCACGCCUUGAUAUGCUGCGUUAUGGUGCCCUGUCGUGUUCGCCUCUGAAGCCCCACGGACUGUGGCCCACCAGGUCCCUCAUCCAUGGGAUUUCCCAGGCAAGGAUACUGGAGUCGGGUGUCAUUUCCUUUUCCAAGGGAUCUUCUGAGCCCAGACAUUGAACCCAGGUUUCUUGCAUCUCCCUCAGUAGCAGUCAGAUCCCUUACCGUUAGUGCCCCCCACGCUGUGGGUUCUCCCAAUUCCUCUGACUCUUAGCUGACCUGUCUUCUCUCUGGAAACCUUCUUCCCAGGUGUCUUGCAGGAGUCUUAAACCUAAACCUGUGACAUGUGGGGACUCCCGUAGCCCUGUCUUCUUCCCAACACAUAAACAACUGAACCUCCCGGCCGCAGGCUCAGAGCUUUCCCUUCCAGCUGUGCCCAAGAAACACCUCUACUUUCCAAAUCCAGUUGCCCUUCAAGGAUAUCAGCAGUCACACUGUGUCCCCAUAUUCCUAUGCUGAAGUCCUCUGAAUGCCACGUCAUCUGGUGGUGGUCUUUACAAGGAAUCAAGGUAAACGUGGUCCUUGCUGCUGCUGCUAAGUCACUUCAGUCGUGUCUGACUCUGUGCGACCCCAGAGAUGGCAGCCCACCAGGCUCCCCCGUCCCUGGGGUUC